UCACUUGCAUCGAACCUCCCCACUCUCUCGUCCUUUUCCUCAUCUCUCUCUCUCUCUCUCUCUCUCUCUCUCUGACUGAACUUGUUUCUUUUUUACUCCAACACACACACCCACACACACACCCCCUAUAUCUAUCUAUAUCUAUCUCUACCACCCCAUCAGGAUAUUAUUAUAUUCACAUUCUCUCUCUCUCUCAUGUUUUUUCACUACCUUUUUCCCGCUCCCUAUCACCUUAAAAAAACUAUCUUUCUUUCUCCGAUGAAAUCUUCUCUCAUCACCUUUCAUUGUUUGAACAAGUUAUAACAUUAUGACGACUCUUGUUCUUUCAUCUGCAGCUCUUGUUUCGUGUUAUCAUAUUUGACCACCACAAGAUUCUCAAUUUCUGAUUACCAAAUUCAACAAUAUGGAAGUUCCAAGAUGCAAAUCAAAAGCUGCAGGAAAACCUAUUCUUAAUCGAAGACUUACUAGAACUGAAAGAAAACUCGCCCUGCUUGAAGAUGUGGAUAAGUUGAAGAAGAAGCUGAGACAAGAAGAGAAUGUACACAGAGCACUUGAAAGAGCUUUCAGUAGACGUUUAGGAACUUUACCUCAUCUUCCUCCUUAUCUGCCUCCACAGACUUUGGAGCUGUUAGCUGAAGUAGCUGUUCUGGAAGAAGAAGUUGUACGGUUAGAGGAAGAAGUUGUUAGCUUUAGGCAUGGUUUGUAUCAAGAAGCUGUUGGUUUAUCAUCCCGAAUCAAUAUUAAUUCGGAUAAUAACUCAUUAGAACCAUUAGAACAGUCUGCGAAAACCGGUGAUGGAUCAGUUGAAAUGGCUUCAGAAUCAUCGAAAUUAUCACAACAGAAAGUACCGCUGAAUUCGCUCUCAAGAAGUGCGUCGAGUAGAUUAUCCUAUUCUAAUCGAAUCGGGACUGAUGUUUUGAAUAGGGUGGUUGAGAUAAAGCCUGCGGAUUUGAAGAAAUCGGAUUCGGUCAUUAGUGAUGAUGGUGUUUUAGGUAAAGAAAACCGGUCAUCUGCUAAUUCUAAUAGCAAAGUUAAGAGUUCACCUGAAAGGGUACCCGAGGAAAUGCAAAGUUUAGUGAGAAAACCUCAAAUCAAAUUUGAAACUGCUGGAAAAUGCAGUCCUCCUAAACCACAGAACAGGUUAGCGGACCAAGAAAAGGCUCAAGAAAGCUGUUCGAGUUCAUCUUCUGGAGACAGAAUUGUGGAAGCUGAAAGUGAAUGCAACAAGAUAUCUGAAAACGUGUUAAAAUGCUUGAUUGGAAUAUUUUUAAGAUUAAGCAAACUGAAGGCAAAAACCAUGGAUGCAGAGGCGUUCUCCAAUUUAAUGUCGGUGGAUCUAACCGGUGGUGAUCAAGGGCCUGCUUUCAGGGAUCCUUAUGGUGUCUGUUUGAAAUCAAAGAGGAGAGAUAUUGGCCCUUAUAAGGAUCUUUUUGCAAUUGAAGCUGGUUCAAUUGAUUUUAAAAAGAAAAUGAAUGCAUCCCUCUUGAUCCGCAGACUCAAGCUCCUCCUUGAGAAGCUUGCCUCUGUCAACUUAGAGGGUUUGACACAUCAGCAAAAACUCGCGUUUUGGAUAAACACUUACAAUAUUUGUAUGAUGAAUGCAUAUUUAGAGCAUGGAAUACCCGAGAGUCCUGAAAUGAUGCCAACACUAAUGCAAAAGGCAACAAUAAAUGCAGGCGGGUAUUUGCUAAACGCGAUAUCCAUCGAGCAUUUCAUCCUGAGGCUUCCUAAUCGCUUAAAACUUUCAUGUCCACAAUCUCCUGAGCAAAAUGAAACUGAAAUUCGUGGCAAAUUUGGGUUGGAGUGGUCUGAACCGUUCGUCACAUUUGCUUUAUGCAACGGCAGCUGGUCUUCUCCUGCGGUGAGAGUGUACACGUCAGCGCAAGUGGAGAGCGAGUUAGCAAUAGCAAAGAGAGAUUACCUUCAAGCAGCGUGCGGGAUAACAAAAACCAACAAACUAUUAAUACCAAACGUGUUAGAUCGGUAUUUGCUAGAUUUUGGAAAGGAUCUGGAAGCUUUAACGGAUUGGGUUUGCCUUCAACUACCCGGUGAAUUAAGGAAACACGCGGUUACAUGCCUUGAGAAACGAAAAAGAGAGCCAAUUUCUAAACAAGUUCAAAUCAUGUCUUAUGAUUACAGGUUCAGAUACCUCAUACAAAGAUAAAAGAGUUUGCUUUUACAAUGAAGAUGUGUUUGAAGAACGAUUUCGAUCCAUGAACUUCUAGGUAUAUCCAAUUCAAAUUAAGGAAUUUGGUGUUUUAUUUAUUUUUGGGAUCUUUUUGCUUCAAAGAGUUUGGUUUAGUGUGUAGAGUGGCAGGCAGGAUUUGUAUAGAGUACAUAUACAGAAAGAAAGGUGAGUUUUUUGUUCUCCUAAAUUGGGAUCAUUAAAAUUUGGUUUGUUUUGAGGGUGGUAUAAAAUUUAAUUUACUUUCUUUGGAGGCUUGUUAUCCGUUACUUAGAUUUUUAAAGCUGUUUAUGUAUGGGUUGAUGGACCAUAGAGGUCCUUCGGUUUAACUCUGUUAAUUUGGUCAGCUAGUUUCAGGGGCAUUUUGAUCAUUUAGAUUUUAACAAGCUAAAUUAAAAUCCAACCCCAUCCCCUCACCCCCUUGCAUUCAGUUUCAUUCGAUUUUCCUCCGACGAAGGAUAUCGUGGCUCGAGUUUUAGUCAGAGGGUUCUGAAACGGUUCCAAUAGAACUCAAGGGGUGAAACCACAGGUAUGAGGCAACCUAAGGUGGAGAUACGCGCUGGUCGCUCAAUUCGCAACAAGGGAGUCAUUUUUCAGAUUUUUCUUGAACAAAUUAUAUAGAUGGUCCCUUAUGAAUGAAAAUAGAAACGUCUAUAAAUGAAAAAAGUGACGGCGAAGAGAAGUAAUCGCUAGCUCUAUUAUAUUGGAUGUAAUGUAGAGACAAAGUAUGAAAGCGUAUUACAUUUUUCAACAGUCACUUAUAGUAAAUGAAACUAUUUACUUA